CGUCUUCAUGGAAACAAACUGUGGUGACCGUUUGGUUUUCAGUUUUUCGGAGCAACAGAGGAUAUCGCCAUUUAGAUUUAGAUUUACAAAGCCAUGGGAGAAGUUGUGGAAGAUGCUCAGAAGAAUCUCAACGUUUCUAUUUUAACUAUCGAACAACAAGAGAAACUGCGACAGUUUAAGAUUCAAACAAGAAUCAACAACGAAACGUAUUUGAGAGCCCAUCCAGAAGUGGAUGAAAUCAUUGGUGACUUUCUAAGACAUUUGCUAGUUAAAAAGCCGUCUGACAUUCGCGAGUUUGCUGCAGAUCACUUCUCCUCCCUAAGCGAUCCUUCUGACUCGGUAUCGAAAGAAAACAGUGAAACGGACUGAAAGAUCUGACAACAUCCUCCUCGUACCUUUCUUGAGUCAGAGAUCGGAUGUGGAUGGAUUCUAAAUUUACAUCCGUGUUGAUCCGUUAUGCUUGUAUUCAUAUUACUCAUUGUAAUAUUCCUAGAAAUGCCUCAGAUGAUUAAACUAAUGUGUGAUUGUGAAAGAGGAGGCAGUCCUGCGAAGGUUACGCAAUGCUCUUUGACAUUUUGACCAAUUUAUUUUGACAGGAUUGUUCACAGACUCACUGUUGUCUCAUGUUCAACUAAUUGACCUUAUUUUAACAUGACUUUGUAACAGUUGGUCUGCUGCCUUUACUUUGCAUCUUAACUUAAAACACAAAUAAACUCGUCAGUUUUCUGCUGUUCUGU